AUGGAAAUCAAAGUGUCUGUGGAUAAUCUGCCACGUUUGGUUUGUGGAGUAACAGAGGAGACAACAUGCCAGGAGGUGGUCACAGUAUUAGCUCAAGCUUUAGGCCAGCCUGGACGCUACAUGUUACGUGAGACGUUUAAAGACUUUGAGAGAUGCAUGGCUCCAAAUGAGCACCCUCUGGAGAUACUAAGGAAGUAUGGAGAACACGCCAAGGAAGUCCAGCUUGCAUUGCUCCAUAGUAGGCCUUCAGUUUCUGACGAAAUGAGCCGGGCAAAAGUGGGUCGACGCCAGCCUUGCCCGCCAUUAAGGAGGAAAGAAGCCAGUGCUAGAGUUUGGCGUCGUAGUGAGUCUCUGAAUCAGCAUCGACAUAGUCUUCCACUGUCCUGCUUGAAGCGGGACACAGAACAGAAGCAGGAGCACCUGAAAAGACCCAAAAGAAAGUCCUUGACCUUCAUGGAGGAAGCCUGGGAAUGGCUGGAAAACCUGGGAAAAACACAAGUUUACAGUACAUCAUGUGAUACGGAUAGCAGCAAGAGGAAUGAAAAAAAUAAGCGAAGUUUUUUGAGUAUCACACUUUCUGCUGUAGGUAAAAAUCCACGUGAUCAGAAAAGGCGUCAGAGAAACUCCAAGUCUGACUUGGAUCAUCAAACAUCUUGCUGCAUGGGAACCCACCAGAAGGUUAAGGAAAGCCCCAAGAAAAGCCACAGGGAAAAACUUGACAUCUCCAAUAACUGUGAAGAUGAGAAGUAUCACCUAAGAGAAAUGAUUAUAUACCAACUAAGCUACCUUCAAAAGCUCCAAGUCCUGAUUGAGAAGGUAGACUAUGAAAUUUCAGAACUAGAGGAAAGGGAGCGGGUCAGAGAAGAGCAAAAGUUGAUUCAAGAUGAGAUGGAGCAAAUCAGGUUCUGGGAGUAUGAACUAAAGGCAGAAGACAUUUUUGAGAGAGAUUUGCAGAAUCACUUCCAUGACAUGAAAGCUAAGGUUGUGAACUGCAAAACCAAACUGGGGGACUACAAGACCAAAAUGCAAAAACUUGGCUUCUGUGGAGAUCAAAACAUUUGCCCAAAUGAGGGGCAAGACGCUGCAGAUGACAAACCGACAAAUGAGACAAUAAGUGGGCAGCUAUUUGAGACAGAAGUUGAUGUAAAUAGUGACAGGAAGUGGCCGCCCAGAAGAGAUUGCAACCCUCCUCCCGCUGAUUUAAUUCCUCCUAGUCCGAUAAAAGCACGCCGGCCCACCGGGCCAGCUGAGCUGAGGGAGUGGUGGGCACGCUGGUCUGCAGUCCAAAAGUCCAAGACAAACACGAUGAACACCAAGAUCCACCGCUCAGAGCUCACAGUCUUUUUGGGCGGUACCAAAAAUUAG